AUGGCAGUAGCGGCAGUUAGUAUCAUUGAUAAUGCUAAAAUUUAUAAUAAUUUAGAAGAUGGUAUAAAAGAUAUUGAUUAUCUAUAUGCCACUAGUUCUACUGCCCGCAAUAUGAAUAAACAUUAUAUUUCCUCAAAGAACUUACCCCAAGAUUAUCCUAGUGAUCUUAAAGUAGGGAUUAUGUUUGGAAGAGAAAGCUGUGGCUUGCGAAAUAAAGAAAUUAUUUAUGCUAACAAAAUUAUUAAUAUAAAUACUGGCGAUUUUGGAUCAUUGAACGUUGCUCAAGCAGUAGUGGUUAUAUGCUACGAAUUAUUUCAUGCUAGUAAAUCGCACAAGAUCAAUAAUAUUAUAAACGAACAAAAACUAGCAACACGAGGAGAGUUAGAGUAUUUUUUUGAACAUUUAUUUAGUGAGCUGACUAAUAAAAACUUCUUUAAGGUUCGCGAAAAAAAGCCCCAUAUGACUCAAAAUAUUAUGAAUAUUUUUACUAGGAUAGAUAAAUUAUCGAGUACUGAACUUCAAACUUUAAGAGGAAUUAUUAGCACUCUUAGCUCAUAA